AUGUCGAACCUACCAUCCGAACCAGAGUUCGAGCAGGCAUACAAAGAGCUCGUGUCAACCCUCGAAAACUCCUCCCUUUUCAAGAAGAACCCUGAAUACAAGACCGCCCUCAAGAUCGCUGCCAUCCCCGAACGGGUCAUCCAAUUUCGAGUGAUCUGGGAGGACGACAAGGGACAAGUGCAGGUCAAUCGAGGAUACCGUGUGCAAUUCAACUCGGCCUUGGGUCCCUACAAGGGCGGUCUUCGCUUUCACCCUACGGUGAAUCUGUCGAUCCUCAAGUUCUUGGGCUUUGAGCAGAUCUUUAAGAAUGCUUUGACUGGUCUGAACAUCGGCGGCGGCAAAGGAGGAGCAGACUUCGACCCCAAAGGCAAAUCAGAUAACGAGAUCCGCAAAUUCUGCGUUGCCUUCAUGCGAGAGUUGUCUAAGCAUAUCGGAGCCAAUACCGAUGUACCAGCGGGAGACAUUGGUGUUUCGCCUCGUGAGAUCGGAUGGCUAUUCGGUGCCUACAAGGCUGAGACAACGUUGUGGGAGGGCUGCUUGACCGGCAAGGGUCUAGCAUUCGGUGGUAGCUUGAUAAGGCCUGAGGCAACAGGUUACGGUCUUGUCUACUAUGUCAAUCACAUGAUCCAGUAUGCCUCCGGCGGCAAAGAAACAUUCAAAGGCAAACGCGUCGCCAUCUCCGGUUCUGGGAACGUCGCCCAAUAUGCUGCCCUGAAAGCCAUCGAACUCGGCGCCACAAUAGUCUCCCUCUCCGACAGCAAAGGCACCAUCGUUGCCGAAAGCGAGAAAGGCAUCAGCCCCGACGAAGUCGCCUACAUUGCCGAUUUGAAAGUAAAGAGAAAGCAAUUGACGGAGAUCGCCAAUUCGGAUAGUUACAAGGGCAAAUUCAAAUACAUCGAGGGCGCAAGGCCAUGGACGAACGUUGGCAAGAUUGACGUGGCACUGCCUUGCGCGACGCAGAAUGAGGUGUCGGGCGAGGAGGGACAGGCGUUGAUUGACGCUGGUGCGAAGUUCGUCGCUGAGGGAAGCAAUAUGGGAUGUUCGCAGGAGGCGAUUGGGGUCUUUGAGAAGCACAGGAAAGAGAAGAAGGGGGAGGCCAUCUGGUAUGGACCAGGCAAAGCGGCCAACGCAGGCGGUGUCGCCGUUUCUGGUCUCGAAAUGGCUCAGAACUCUCAACGCAUAGCAUGGACAUCUGAGGAGGUCGACAACAAGUUGAAGAGCAUCAUGGAGUCGUGCUUCAAGAAUGGACUGGAAACGGCAAAGGAGUACGUCGAGCCAGCCGAGGGUGAGUUCCCGAGUCUGGUGGCUGGGAGCAAUAUCGCAGGCUUUUCAAAAGUCGCCGCUGCUAUGCAUGCACAGGGAGAUUGGUGGUAA